AUAUAGUCACCGUUCGCGGCCGGUUGAUCUUGCCGCCCGGAGCUCCCAUGGCUGUGCAGCUGUGUCGGCUUCCGGUCCGCGUUUCCGCCGGACGCAGGGUCCGUACGGGCCCCGCCCCUCAGUCCGAGAGCCAAUCGCAACUCGGGGGCGGGGCCUGGGGCUAUAUAAGGGAGCUCAGUAGGCUCCUCCGCCUCUCCCCGUCGGCUACGGAGUCUGAAGCCGCCACAGGAUCCGGAGCUGUCGUAUCCCCUCCUUUUCCACGUCCGUUGAAACCAAUAAAGGCCAAGGCCAUUGGUACCGUUUUAGGCUUCUGCGGGGAGUUCGGGCGACAUUGCAGCAUUUCUGGAUGGCGGCGCUGCGACGAACCCUCCAGGUGGCCACCCUGGCUGCGGGGACACGCCGCGCCUUGGCGGGCUCCUUGGCCGGUAGCUGCCUGGCGGACCGCUGCCUCUGGGAUAAGCUCCACGCCCAGCCCCGGCCGGGCCGAGUCCCCACCUUCGACUGGUUCUUUGGGUUUGAGGAAGCCCAGGGCCUCCUCCUGCCGCUGCUGCAGGGAGCCCAGGCUGCCCGUCCACUGCGGGUGCUAGACGUGGGCUGUGGGACCUCCAGCCUGAGUGUAGGCCUCUACGCCAAGUGCCCACACCCAGUGGACGUGCUGGGGGUGGACUUCUCUCCUGUGGCCGUGGCCCACAUGAACAACAUCCUGGAAGGUGGCCAAGGCCAGACACCCCUGUGCCCUGGGCACCCUGCCUCCCGCCUCCGCUUCAUGCAGGCUGAUGCCCAGAACCUGGAGCCAGUGGCUUCCGGCUCCUUCCAGCUAGUGCUGGACAAGGGCACCUGGGAUGCUGUUGCCCGAGGUGGUCUGCCUGGGGCUUACCAGCUGCUGUCCGAAUGUCUGAGGGUCCUCAGCCCCCAGGGGACCCUGAUUCAGUUCUCAGAUGAGGACCCUGAUGUGCGGCUUCCCUGCCUGGAGCAGGGAUCCCCAGGGUGGAGUGUGACUGUGCAGGAGAUGGGCCCUUUCAGGGGCAUCACCUACUUUGCUUACCUGGUUCAAGGCUCUCAUUAAAGCCAUAGUCUUGACCCUAGGGUUUUUGUUGGGUGAGGAGAGAUGGAGAGAGCUUUGCCUUUGCAAGAUGGCUAGAGAAUAUGAGGAUUUUAGUCCUGGCUUCCAUGGUUACUAACUAGGUGCACACAGCAUUGACUGCCCGUUUACUCACCAGCAAGGUAGGAAUAAUAACUGGAUUUAUGGGUAUUGCAUACAUUGAUAGCUGAAACAUUUAGCAGAACCAGGCCCUUAGAGAAGAUAUAAGUGGAUUAUUCCCCACCCCCAACUAACAGGAACUUCUAAAAGCAGCAGAUAAGAAUUCUUUAUCCAAAUCCCAGCAUAGACUGAUGUGUGACCCGGUGGCCUAACCUCUAAGCCGGUGGUCGGCAAGCUUUCGAGCCACAUGCGGCUCUUUGGCCCCUUGAGUGUGGCUCUUCCUAAGCCUCAGGAG